CACGGGUGUUACAUAGAAUGUUUCAAUGUUUUAUUACAUCUUUCAGUUUUCUGCGCGAACAUCUAUGGAGAGACUUGCUCAAGACGACUUUGAAGUCAGUUUAAUGUCCUGUCUAGGAUUUCCUAAUUCAUACAUGGCGAACAUAACACUGCCUAAUCGAGAUGUUAAACAGUGUAAAGGAAACCGAUAUUUGAAUACAUUUAAAUAAAAAAUAUCAAGCGCUGCGAUUAAAGCUGCAAAAACGAGCCUCGCGUUUUCUGCGUGGAAUUACAAGCACCUAGCAGCGGCUAAUGAUGCGAAAGCCAGAGGGACCGGAGGAUUAUUAUACUCUGUGCUAAAGCCCGGAUUAAAAUCGAAAUUCAUCUUAGACUUUCAAAACUGGAAAAUAAAUUAUGCAGAUGACACUAUUGCCAUGAUUUCGCGCGCGAGAAGAUCGUUCGCUAGGCUACGGACAUCGUUGUUAUUUGGAAUUUUAGUUGCCAGCGGUCCUGCACAUAGUGUUGCUUGAUAGGGGAAUAAACACCGGCGCGCACUCAUAAAACUAUUUACAUGUUCAUAAAUCUGUUGCAGUCAGAAUAUACGAUAGAAUUACUUUUUUGAUACGCAUCUCUAACAAGAUAUAAAACGAGAUGUUACGAUAAAGUGCAUCAUAUUACAAAAGUUUGGAUCGCUUGACAGCUGCGCAAACAUGGCACCUGUACAUCGCGGGUAGGAUGCAUGUGUGCGAAUAUUACGAUGUGAAGUUAUUCAGACACAUUUGUACGGUUGGGUACGAGUUAUUUGUGCACAGGAAUUACUGUACAAUAGAGUGUUAGAACUAACGUAUUUUUCUUGGACGAUGAAGACUUCAGGACUUUCAUGCAUGUUUUGUUAAAAACACAGGCGAUGGGAAAAAGGCAUAAAACCCGAUUUAAGUUGCCUUGUUCGGACAAUUUGGACGAAAGUAAUCAGCGUACACCCGAGUUCUAUGCAUGUCAUGGAAAGCCGGCGAUGUUUAGCCGCGAGUCCCGACGGUGUCAGCCGUCGGCACUUCUGCUCGUCGGCAUCUUGUUAGCUCUUGUGAAUACAGUCUUAUCGUGCGACGUUGAUUCCUGUUGGGACAGAUAUCAGGUGGCUGCGGAUUCGAUACAAAAGGGUCGCACAGACUUGAAAUCCUCAGACCAAAAAGAGUGCAUUUUGUUCAGAACUUACAUGAACUGCUUAGAAAAUCUUCAGGGCUGCAAAGGCAACAUUAAGUUCCACAGUGUGAAAAAAGUUGUGAGAAACCAAAUGAAUCAGAUGCAGUGUUCAACGACUGGAGAAGUGGUCUCUGUCCAACCAGAAAUAAUACCAUUGGACGAAGUCUGCACAUAUCAUACUGAAAAUGAUCAAAAUACUCAAAAACAUUGCGGAUUAUUUGGUGAUCCUCACCUUCGAACAUUUUUCGGGGAAUUCCAGACAUGCCGCGUCCAAGGGGCAUGGCCUCUUGUUGACAAUGAGCACUUGACUGUCCAGGUUACAAAUGAACCUGUGGCAUUUAAUGCAACUGCAACCACAAAAUUGACGGUGAUCAUCCGCGGUAAUGAGGUGUGUGCGGCCUCCAAGUACAUGAUGUAUCAGGCAGAGGGGGACGUAUUGCCCAGCACUUUUGAGGACGGACAGACCAUGUAUGGGGAAUUCAACAGUGUCAGACUCACCGAGAUAGACCCUGGAAAACAUGUGGAGAUAUUUGUGAAAUACAUUAAUACGACAAUACAAAUACGGCUUGUCGGCAGCUAUUUGACGUUUUCCAUUAGUAUGCCAGGGAAGUUGGUAAAUGAAUCAGCAAAAAGUAGCGUUUUGGAGCUGUGCACUAAAGGUUGUCCCAAAGGAGAAGUUAUUGAUUACCAAAAAGUGUUAGCGUCCAAAAUGAAGGGGAUUCCUAAAAGUGCUGUGAAUUUGACUGCAGACGAAGCCUUACGGCAAUGUCGUAGUGCCAAUCUAGUGGAUUUCUAUCUAGACUCUUGUGUGUUUGACCUUUUAAUGACGGGUAAUGAUUCGUUCAAACUUGCAGCGUAUGCUGCGUUUCAAGACAUAUUAAAAUCAGAUGCAGAAUUCAGGCGAACUCAGAAAAACAGAACUACAAUAGACCUAUACAGAUACAAUGAUUCAUCAGGCACAGUGAUAGCUGGAUGUUCAAGUUUAGUGCUUGUAUUAAUGUUGACUGUGCUCUCUUUGAUAGCAGGACAGUGUUUGGUUGGAGCCAGGUAGCCAUGGUUGUAUGGUGCAGUAUGUUCAGUGUGAGCUACGUUGCCAAGGUAACUCACAAGGUCAUGUUGCUGCAUCUAGUUGUCACGACAGUCAUUAUCAUCAUCUUCAUCACCUGUCAAUGUCCAUUUCAUCAACAUCAUCAUCAUUGUACGUGUAAUGUUCAUUCUUCUGUGUUUCCCAACUUAUUUUUGACUCAGUAAGUUAAUGGAGUUUUCAAUAUUACUUACAUAUAAUUAAAUAUGUUGUAACAUUGUGUUAUUGUAACUAUUUGUGCAUACAAUAACAUGUUUACUAGUAUAAACUGAUGCUUGUUAAAGUAUUAUUUUUAAUUGACAAUAACAUCUGUGAGCAUGCAUAUAUAUUUUAUUACAGUAUACUGUACCAUAUAAUAAAAUACAUGUAUAAAAAUUGAAACAGUUAAGUUAGUGCGUAUCAUUUUUUUACAUUUUUCAUGUGUUAAACUAUAUAAUUAAUUCAAGAUUUACUUUAACUUUUUGUCAACUUCGCAUUUAAAUUGUAAGCAAUAGAUUUUUUGCAUACAGUACAUCAGUACAAAUGUGAUACCUCAUAUGAGUGCAGUGGUCCCAUUGCAAUUUACUGCUGAUCAGUUUGAGUAUUAUACAAUUUUUAUUAGGCAUAAUGGUGAUUAAACAACCCGAGGGUUUAAAAUUAGGACAGUAUGACAUGAUAACACACCUUUGUACAGGUUACAUCAAUGUAUUAGUUUAAUACUAUAUAGUUGAAGUUUAAUACGCGUUCAACGGUUGUAUACAUGUAUCACGCCAGGUGUUAAGAAUGCAAGUAAAUAUUUCUAUCGUUUGUUUCAUAUAACUUGCAGUUACAAGAUAGUGAUUUUUGCAGCUAUUACUAUCCCUUUGAAGUUAUUGCAUUAAUAAAUUAUAGGAUGUGUCAUAUUUUGACAUGCGGUCAUUUAUUCAUUUGUUGCAGGUGUUCAUUUUACAAACUUGAGCCAAAUCCAUGUGUUGUGGUCUUGUAAUGUACAUGUGUUAGAUUGAUCGCUAAGUAUUACUGUUUAUUAGAAUGGAAUCACCUUCAACAUUGCAGCUUUUAUUUGACAAUCAGCGUUAGCAUUCCCAUUGUGUCACAAAAACUCUAUUAACACUGUCACAUAACCAGUGCUUCAAUCAGAAACAUAAAAUUCUAUACAAAAAUUCACUGCCGAAUGUUCAAUUAACCAAUAAGUUGAUUUAAAUAUUCCGAUUUCAUAGUAAUCAGACAGUAUUUAUUAAAUUCAUUGUGUUGAGUUCAUUUUGAUGGUUUGUGAUAAUGUUGAAAUGGUUUUGUUCUGUGUCAGGCCUGUAUGGUCCCCCUGACCUUGACCCCCCUCCCCCCACCCCUGGUAAAGGAGUUGGGGCCUGUCUUGUGCCAUAGAAACCUUGCAUAAUCAGCCACCUCAGUUACUGUAUAGCAUUUGCUAGCCCAGAUGUUAUUUUGAUGUCAUUUGUUAUGGAAACAAUCAUGUUCACCUUAAAUAUGUUUAAAAACCAAAUUGUAUUUUAUUUAUAUUGUACAAGUUUGGGGCUACAAAUACAGCAUACCCUUUAAGAUAUGGACCCUAUUUGAAAUGAUGUGAGAUUAAAACAAGGGUGAACAAACGAACUUUAUGUUCAUAUUUAAUACCAAUAUUAAUUUAUUUUUUCCAUUUUACAAGGCAAGUUAUUGUUGACAGUUUUGAACCUAUAAUGUCUUAUAUAUACUUAUUUGUAGCAAAAUAAACGAGAUCCUGAAACCAU